GUGAGAAAAUUCUCUCCACGCAACUGACAAAAAGUGAUCAGCCAAUUAAAAUCAGCGUCUCAUUCUUGUCUUAUUAUUAUGUGACUUGACUCAACUUGGGAUUAAUUGGAUGAAGGAAUCUUGUGGUUCAUGUGAAAAACUUGUCAAGCUUUGAAAAGCUGCACAGUCUCAUUAAACCCCCUCUGAGAGAUAUUUUUGUCAUUGUAUUAAUUGAAUUAAACUACACACAGGUUUUAUUUAUUUUUAUAUUUUUUGGGGGCCUGGCUAGAUAUUAAAAAGCUCUAGGACCGUGAUUGAAUUCCUCUUGCCUCAUGCAUCUUCUCUCUCCCCCAUGUUUCAGAUUUGUAAAAAAUGUCUGACUUCGAGGACUUCACCAAGCCAGCAGGGCAGGCCAAUGUGUCUGAGAGCUACCAGCUGAACCCCACCAGUGUGAUCGUGUCGGUGGUCUUCUCCCUCAUCUUCCUCCUCGGCACAGUCGGUAACAGCCUGGUGCUGGCCGUGCUUCUGCGGAGCGGCCAGGUCGGAUACAACACCACCAACCUGUUCAUACUCAACCUGAGCAUGGCCGACUUCUUCUUCAUCAUCUUCUGCGUCCCUUUCCAAGCCACCAUCUACUCCCUGGAGGGCUGGGUGUUUGGCUCCUUCAUGUGCAAAGUGGUCCACUUCUUCAUCAACCUGACCAUGUACGCCAGCAGCUUCACGCUCGCUGCUGUCUCUGUCGACCGAUAUCUGGCUAUCCGUUACCCGCUGCGCUCCAGAGAGCUUCGGACACCGUGUAAGGCGAUGGUCGCCAUGGUGGUCAUUUGGGGUCUCUCUCUGAUCUUUGCGGGUCCUUAUCUCAGCUACUACGAUCUGAUCGAUUACGCCAACAGCACUGUGUGCAUCCCUGGCUGGGAGGAGCAGAACCGGAAGGUCCUCGACACGUGCACCUUCCUUGUCGGCUACGUCAUCCCCGUGCUGAUCGUGAGCCUCUCGUACACUCGAACCAUCAAGUACCUGUGGACGGCUGUGGACCCUCUGGACGGCAUGUCGGAGUCCAAGAGGGCCAAACGCAAAGUCACCAAAAUGAUCAUCAUAGUCACCGUGCUUUUCUGCAUCUGCUGGCUACCGUACCACGUGGUGAUCCUGUGCUACCUGUACGGGGACUUCCCCUUCAAUCAGACCACGUACGCUUUCAGGCUGCUGUCCCACUGCAUGGCCUACGCCAACUCCUGUGUCAACCCCAUCGUCUACGCUCUGGUGUCCAAGCACUUUCGCAAAGGCUUCAAGAAAGUGUUCAGCUGCAUCCUGAGUAAAAAAGGCCGGAAUAAGGUCCACGUGGUUCACGUGGCCAACACUGUGCCAGGUUUCGAGGCGGGCUCCACAGAGGUGUCGCAGAUGAACGAGGAGAAUGUACGACAGAAUGAAUGUGAGAUGAUGAACAGGCCCAUCGCAGAGCCAAGAGAACCCACUGUGACUCUCAAUUUGCCCUUUCAGCGGCAGACGUGACAAGUUAUUCAGGCUGACAGCAGAUUGCCUUAUGUGAAAGACACAUUGCAGCUGACAUGUUCUUUAAACCAUGUAAACUUGUCAUCACGAUAUUCACACUUUUGGUAGCAAACAACAGAAGAGAUAAAAGGAUGUUAAGGAGUAACAAGGUGUAUAUUUAGCCAACAACCAAAAAUCCUGCUAUAUCAUUUAUCCAAACCUUUUUUUUUUGUUGUCAGAUACUUUCCACAAACAGAUAAUCACUCAUUCAGAAAUGUGUGGAUUUAUGAGAAGAGUACUUUCUUGUGUCCACCAUCCGCCUUAACCAUGGCUUGCACUGUGGUAUUUCAUUUUUUUUUAUCAAUGAGAGCAGUCCUAAUUCCAGCACUUUUUAAAAACAGCAGAGAAUGUAUCGUCUAAAUUUUACAGCAUGUUUCACCUUUUCAAGCAGUCCAAGAGGUGUUCAAAGGUUACUGACUGGGAGGGUUUAUGUGCACCACUUGACUUCAAACGAAGUCUGAAGGAAAAGCGUUCUGCAAAGUUGCCUCCCAUCCUGCGACAGGGAUCACAAGUCUGCGGUAUUUUUCGGCCGCCAUGUUCCAUUGUAGGUUUGUACCAUGUGACUGUUGUUGUCUUUUCCAUAUGUAAGCUUAACUAUAAUCUGAACAAAGCAGUUUGACUAGUUAGUGCAAGUACAUCAUCCUUUCGCUUUUUUUUUUUCUAAUUUUUUUUUGGCUUUGUUCAUUUAUAUCUUGCAUGCAGGUUACAUUCUGUCUCAAGAUAUAGCUUGAAUAACAUUUGAGUUUCAUGUGUUAAUGAUGCAAGAAUCUCAAAGAAAAUUGUGCUUAAAAACAGUAUUCCGUUUCAUUUCAAUUUCAGGUGAAUUUGAAAUCUCUAACUUUGUAUUGAAAUACUAAAGAAGUGCCAGCAUCAGGGGUUUAAAGGGCAGACUUUUGGUAUUGAUCGAUGUAAAAAAAAAAAGGUUUUUGGACUUUUUGGAAGUUGCUUUACUUGUAUUUUUCAAAGAUUGUGUUCAUGGCAUGUUACUCUUUUGGUGUCAGAUAUAUAUAUUUAAAUGACUUUAUUGAUCAAUGAGUGCUCUUAAGUGUUUAAGAGUUGUGUAUUUUAAAAUAUGAGUAUUUUAAAAAAAUGUGUAUUUUGUGUAAUUCUCCAAAUGAAAGCAGAUCCUUAGUAUUUCUCUCUCUCUCUCUCCCUGUUGUCAUGUGAGCGUCUGUCCUACCUCAACACUGUAAAAAAGACACAUGUUAUUGCCUCUUUGUUGUUGUUUGGUUUAUGAGUGUGCAAUUCUCCUCUUCAGACAGUCAUUACCUUACAAAACACCCCUCCUUCACACUGACCAAUUUUCAUCCUGUGUAUUUGUGAUAAUUUGCUCUUUGCGUCACGACCAUAAUAUAAGCAACUGACCCUGCUCCGUUUCAUUAUGAUGAUUUCACAAACAAAACAGCUGUAUAAUAAUUACAUAAUAUAUUUCCAGAUAUAUUUAUCAAAAAGGUUUUUAAACAUCAUGUCAUACAAACUUCAAUGACUAAAUAAAAUAUUUUCUUCUGUGAUAUUGCAGUGAAGCUUCAAUUCAAUUAUGCAUUAAUGAGGGAGAAAUGAUGUCUUAUCUCCCACUGCUAUGUAUGCUACUCCUUUAUUACCCGAUCUAAGUUUAGAGGAAAUAACCAUUCAUGUGUUCUAAAAGUAAUUUAAAGGCGUUCUCAUUUCAUAUCUCAUCACAGUGUUUUAUUCAUUGUACAUUGUAACUACACAAACACAUGUUGAUGGCUAUUCCACGCACAUUAAGAUUAAAAAUAUAUUUCCUUGUGCUCUCAGGCUUUUUUCAGAGAGCAUGAAACCAAUAAUUGGGGCAGUUGUGGCUCAGCGGUAGAGUCGGUUGUCUGUCAACCGGAGGGUCAGGGGUUCAAUCCCCAGUUCCUGCAGCUACAUGUCCAAUGUGUCCUUGGGCAAGACACUUAACAACAAUUAUCUUCCACUGCUUUGUUGGUAGCAUGUGAAUGUGUAUAAAUGGGAUUAGUUACUUCUGAUGGACACUUUACAUAACAACCUCUGCCAUCAGUGUUUGAAUACGUGUGACCUGCGGUGUCGAAGUGCUUUGAGUAGUUAGAAGACUAUAAAAGGGCUAUACAAGCUCAAGUCCGUUUACCAUUUACCAAUAAUGAUG